AUGACCAAGGGAUUGAAUAAGUCCAAGUUUGAAGAAUUCGACUCAAACUUGGAGUUCCAGCAUGAAUAUCAAGAAGGAGUGUUGAUCAAUGAUAUUUGCGGGAAACUCAGGAAGUUGGUUACUUUUUGUAAUACUGGAGCUGCAUAUUCUGGCGGCAAAAAUCGGUGUUCUGUUGCUUCAAAAUGUCUGGUAUAUGCUGAGAAUAUUAGUUGGUUUUCUGGUCUUUCUUCGCUGAAGCACCUUGAUUUGAGUGAUGUGGACCUUAGGAAAGUCUCUGACUGGCUGUUGGUGAUGAACACACUUCCUUUUUAUGAACUUCCUCACUUUCCUCAGCUGUCCCUUGCUAAUUUUUCAUCCCUUACUACUCUUGGGCUAAGUGAUAACGAGGUCCAAUUCCAGAUGGACUUCAAAAUUUGA